AUGUGCCAACUGAAGUACGUCCUCACGCCCUGGAAUGCCUAUCAUACGCACAUAAGCAGCCGGGAAAGUUGCCACCUCGUCUCCAUUACAUGGUGCGCCGCCCAGUUUCCCGGAGACCAAGGAACCGGCCACGCCCAAAUCGAAUUCGGCCGCGACACAAGCCACGAGCACAUCCUCGCCCAUCUCAUUCUCGCCCACCAAUGCCCGUACUACGACAACGUCGAGAUCGAGCGCACCAGGGAGUGGUAUUACUAUGGUUCGGUGAUCACAUUCGCGCUGGAAGAGCUACCGCCAGCGAGACGGAGAUUCACCACUACUGCGAGCUGGGUGCAGGAACAUUUUAUGGCUGCUGCUAGGGCUAGGGGAUGGGAGGAGAGUAGUGCGGAAGGCACUACCGAUGAUGGUGGCGGUGGACAUGGAGCCGGAAUCCAAAUGGAGAGGAAGGAGGUACCGGAGAAAGGGUGGAAGCAGUUCAAAGCAAAGGAGUAG